ACUCUAAUUGAUGGUGGACAGCAUUACUGGGAGGUCACGUUUGAAAGGGACAGCAAGGCUUUCAUUGUAGGUGUGGCCUACAGGACUAUGGGCAAAUUUGAUCAACUGGGAAAGACCAGUGCCUCCUGGUGUCUACACCUCAAUAACUGGCUGCAAGUCAGCUUUACCGCCAAACACAACAACAAAGCCAAAGUCUUGGACACCUCAGUACCUGAGAGAAUUGGAGUUUAUUGUAACUACGAUGAAGGUCACCUGUCAUUCUACAAUGCCAAAACUAAGCAACUGAUUCAUUCAUUUAAAACAAAGUUCACACAGCCUAUCCUCCCUGCCUUCAUGGUCUGGUGUGGUAGUUUUAUUGUGCAAACGGGGCUUCAGGUACCGAGUGCUGUCAAAUCGCUGCAGAAACGUAACAGUGGGACCUGCAGCUCCACCGCCAGCCUAACCUAGAAGUCAUUUACCAAGCUUUCAUGCUACUGCACCCAGCUCGUACUAAAGCAAAGACUGUAUCCUGAAACCUGCCUUGAGAAGGGAACCGAAGACUGGAAACUAGAUUCUCCACACCCCACCUGAGUGUGCAACUUUGGCCUUUUUUUUUAAAUUUGCAAUGAUUUGAAUUUUGAACUCUCUCAGAAAUAGAGACUUGUGAUCCAGCCUCUGUUUCUGAUCAGCGUUGACACUAAAAUCUUGAUGCACAGCCUUGAUUGUGAAAUGUUUUUAAAAAGGAUAAUCUGAAAAUAUUAAUCACAGCCAAUGCUUGAACAGACAGUUCUGGUAGAAUCUCGGUAGAAUCACCCUUUCAAGGGUGGUUUGACAUCAUAAUAUCUUUUGAUCAUAAGAAGCAAUCAAGUGUUAUAAAAAAAGGUUUUCUAUUGUCCCAUUUUCUCUUAAACCCAGAAAGGAAGAGAGGAGUUAUUCAGUGUUGUGAUAAAGAUAAUGUUGCUUCAUCCAAUCCUGUAAAAGUUUCUUCCGGUUGUCACUGGGACAUGGGACAUUCUAAGUUGUAGAAAAUAGUAUAGCCACCCGAAAAUCAAAAUAUAGAAUUGAGCCAAUUGCAGUAAUGGGAAUCCUGUAAAGAAACUUGAAAGAGCAGUCCUAUUUCUCUAUCCACACACUUUUUUUCUAAAUUUAAAUUGGAUGUUAUCUUACUUCCACAGUCUGGAGUGCACCAAAUGUUAGGCCUAGGAUGAGUAACCAAUCUUGAUUGUUUUGUUUCAGUUGCUCAUGAUUUUUUUUUUUUAAAUGCUGUCCCCUUGUAUUGUCUCGUUACUUCAACAUAGUUGUACAAGAUGGGAAAGGAAGAUGUUAUAGACUUUAUCUUUCAUGUCGCCAUUCUGAUUACCAGCAUUCUGACCAUGAUCAAGCUUUCUUUGAACUGGUAUCCAUCUCACAAGAUGGAUACUUGUUAGUCAAUGGCCUGUUCCAAGAAUAUUCUGAAUCUGUCCAUCAAAGGUGACAGGGUUUUAGUUCAGGCUGAAUUUGGCUGAGAGCAAUGAGGCUGCUAACCAUUUUGUUAUCCUCAUUCUUCUAUAAUUUAGUUAGGAUGAGUAAUGUCGAGAUUCUAAAAGAUUAUUAAUGAUUGAUCAUCUGCUCAUGCUCUUCAAGCUCUCCCGCUACUGGCUGCUUUUCACAACUGGGGCAAAAUGUAACGCAAUCUGCAUACUAGCUGGUCUGAAUUUAAAUAUAAAUGUGGGUAGAGCAUGGGCAUCUUGCUGGGUUGUGCUUAAUUGUACCAAGCACAAUAUUUGAUCACAAGAUUUUCUUAGAAGAGACACAUCAAUGUGGGUAUUGUAUCCUGCCUUCUCUGUACCAGUAAACAUGAGGAAUGGAUAUGAAACCACCUUGGGUCUGUUUCUGUUCAAUCAAUUAAUUAACAAAGCUAUUUCAAUGAAUGUCGCAAUCUGUUGUGGGUUCACGAUUAGGGGGAACCCAUUGCAGGCUUUAACACAAUAGGGUCUUUUAAAAGGAAGUCACUAUUGCUGAAUGUUGUUGCAAUUUCAAAUUUGGCACAUGCUACCUGUAUAUUUCGAUAUCAAACUUUCAUGGAUGGCAGUGUAGAGGCCAAAUUAAAAGGAAGUGUAUUUUAUUGAAUUCAAUGUAAUGUUGGCAUGUCUCAAUGACCCCAAUCUGUGUUCUAUGCAUUUUACAACACUUUUGGUGGAGCAGAUAUUUUGUGGUGUGCUCUCUGUGAAAGGAAUGAAAUUGCAUUUGUAUAAUGUCUGAAAUUACAGUAAAUGGUGAUUAUUAUAACGUUUGUGCACCUAUCAGUAUUUUAACUGGGGUAGCACUUAAUGCAGAGAAAAUUUGACGUGAAUGUGACAGGAGCUAGGAAGAGAGAUUUCCUGGUAUCUAAACAGUAAUAGUAAAUUCAUUGAAAGGGAACUGAGAAAUGCUGACUGUUAGACAGAGAAUUCUAUUUUAUACCAUAUGAAGGCUGUGAUAACAGUGAAAGUAUUCUACUGGAUUAAGUUUACAUGUUUAAAUCUUUUAGAAAUGAAAUCUGGGCUGUUGAGUUUUUGUGACUGGUUCUAAAUUCAGUAUUUAUUUUUACUUGUAAAAUUCGUUUUGCAUUUUCUUAGUAACACAUUGGCUUCAACAUCCAAUUAAUAGAAUGUAUAUAAAGAUUGACAUUUCACGUUAAUGUUUAAUAUUGCAUUAAAAAUUAAUUGCACCAGUGUUGCUGUUUUAUGUUUGUCAGGAUUGGUACAUUUUUAAAAAGCAACAGUUCACAGCUACUUGAUUAUAUGGUCCUCAUUUCAGUUCAUGGGCUGGGUCUUUUCCCAGCCUGAGAAGUGGUGGGGAAGGACAGAUAAUCGGGCAGGUCGGCUACGGGAGAUAACCCUUCCUCCCAACUCUCAUUAGUUCAUGAUGGACCUCUGUGAACUGCUCACCAAUUAAGGCCCUUACCACAUCCAGUUGGGCCGUAAUUACUUGAGCUCCAAGCAAGGACGAGAAAGGUUCACUGACUCUAACUCAUAAACCAGUGUCACUUGAGAUAGGGGGAUGUCCCUCAAUUAAUGUUCUGAUGUAACAGAUCCCAGAAAGGCAGUGUACCUUUUAAGACAUUUGAAUGACAUUUGGUACAAAAGUCUGCAUCUGCCCUUAGGUAAUCAGUGCAAUUUACUCAGUGUGGUAUAGUCAUUCCAGUCAGUUACAUUGUAGUGUUACAUUCAUGU